CACAUUUUGUGCCUUGUUCGAGCAACGAAACCUGUAACUUUCAAUCGUCAAUAGGGGUCAGUGUUUGCCCUCUUCACCGCAAUGGCUUUGUGUUGCCCCGACAACAAGCCACAACAGAAGCCGUUCCAUCAUGUCUACUUCUGUAACAAAAGAAGGGAAAAAGAUGAGAUGUGCAGUGAUGCUGAAGCCCUCUAAACGCGGCAGCAACUUGCUCGCCUUGUCCAGCAGACGGAGUUUUACUUUCAGCGGUAACAAAAUUCUGGACAGAAUGGCGGGUCCUACUCCGAGACGAGCUGUUCGGGUGUUUGAUGAGGAAAACAAUGAUGUGACCCCUCAGCCAUUUUACCGGGCAGAUCUCGGAGCAGAGCCAGGCAGCAGGUUCUUGGUGGAUGAACUCUCUGCUGGAUCAACAUCAGAGCAGACAAUGUUCACUGGGAGCUUCACUAUGCCUUUUUCAAGGUCAGUUUUGGGUAGCAGCAGGAUAUCCAGCCAGUCAACCAUAGAGUCUGUGAACGAGGAAAUGGAGGAAACAUUUUGUAGACGCGACUUUCCCUUCAACUUACCAGAAUCUUUGUUGCCAGAUGAAAAGAGGAAAAAAGGCUCAGUUAAAGAACAAAUGACACAAGCUCUGUUGAAAGGGAUUAAGGACAUUUUAAUCACAGAGACAGACACUAUUUCUCUGCUGGACAUUCCCCCCACCUUAGUGUCAGUGAAUGCUGAUGAUGCAGAUGUCAUAAUAGAGAGAAAUAAACAGUAUUCUGAAGUUUGCAGAAACAGAGGAAACAAUGAGAAGUAUGUGGAUCGAGCCAUGCAGACACUGAAUGGAGCGACUAAGAACAAACAGAUACAGAACAACCUCAUGCUCAUGGUGGACACAGCCACGAUUGUGUCUGCCUUCGACAUGUAUGCACCUCCAGAGCAGGAAGUGAUGGUUCACAGCCCUGAAAUGAAACAGACCAAUGAUGCAGAGACUGUUGUGGACUCCAGGAGAAGUCCAGAGAGGAGUCUGUCCCUGUCCAGCUCAGCUAGUACAGGUAAUCUGGUACAGUUAUUUCCACCUGCUCGCUGAAAGAUGUAGAAACAGUUGGGAGCAGUUUAAACACACAGGCAGACUUUGAGCUCAUCAUGACGUCAGAUAAAUUCCAUUACU